UUAAUAUACAGAUAAUAUUAACAAUGAUUUGUGAUUAAAUAAUAUUUAAAAAAUAUUUUAGAAUCUGGGAUCAUUAAACUUUAAUUAAGAUCCGAUACUAGUGAGUAAUUGCUUAUCUAGUUACGGUAGUAUAGUAUCUACUGUGACCAAACCGGACGCAAGGUCUUACUUCAAACCAAUUAACGUUGUGAAAGGACAAAUGUCUAUGGUCUCAGCAUUCGCGUUUCUCUACUCCACGUCAUCACUGUUCCUCCUUAUUAGUAGUUAAUAAACACAAGGUAGUGACAGAUAGAUAGAUAGACACACACGCUCAGUGAGGAGAGGACAAGACCUCAACAACGAGAAAACUCAAGAAACAUUCAACUUUCACUUAUAAUGUUUACAGGUUCACACUCGGGGUUAAUUACCAUUGUAACUCACUCUGGCUCAUAAGUGUGCUUCAUUACGAUCCGUAUAACUUCGAGUCCUUGUGGGUCAGGGAGCAUUCAAGUAGCGAGGUCCUAAUUAUUAACCCGUUUUACUUUCCUGGAAUACAAGGCAGUUUAACCAUGCAGACCCCAAAGACAAGAAAUACUAGUAGUAGCUCCUCUGAAGUGCCCCAGAAGGUGUCCCCUCGUGGUGGACGCCAACUCAGGCCUGCUACAUUAGACAGUACUGCAUCUUCAUUAAAUAAAACAUCAAAGGAUAAUAGAAGUCCCAAACUCACCGACCGCAGAUCACCCAGAAGCCCCGCACCAGAGAGGAAGCGUCCAAGCAGAAUAUCUGAAUUGGAAUAUCAGAUUUCUCAACUCAAAGAGGAUUUGAAGGUGGUGAGGAACCAGCUCGGUGUGUCUGAAUCAUGCAAGAAGCAAGCUCAGCAAGAUGCUGAAGAGUCCAAGAAGCAAGUAGCUUCCCUAUCCUUGAAACUUGAAGAUUCUCAACAGCAACUUGUGAAGUUCUCAGCUACUGAACAGGCUCGUGUUGUUGAGCUCCAGAAAACCAUAGAAGAGCAUGAUAAGGCGUGGCAAUCCGAGCUCAGGGCUGCCCAACAGAAGCUCUCAGACAACACCCUUGCGCUUACCUCUGCCAUCGACGAAAUUCAGCAGCUCAAGGUUCAGCUUGAAUUGGUAGCUAACUGUGAGAAUGCGCACACGCAAAUCGCGGAAUCAUCAGAUGUGGAACUGCUAAACUUGACGGAUAACUUGGCAGAAUCUCUCUCUCUUGUGGAGAACAUGAGAAACCAACUCAGGGAUUCCAAAGAGUCAGCUCAGGCACAAGCUUUGGUCAAUGAGACUUUGAGGCAACUUGAGGCUGCAAAAAGAACUGUUGAGUUCCUGAGAGCUGAUGCUGCCAAAGCUGUGAAUGGCUACAACUCUGCUGCUUUGGACUUAGACCAAUCUAGAGCACGAGUGAACUCACUAGAGGAACUAGUAAGCAAACUUGAGUUUGGCCUCACUAGUAACAAAUGCAACAGUUCUUUAAAUCUUGCAGAUGUUGGUAACAUGGAGCUGAAAGCUGAGGUAUUACACAAGGGUGAGACAGAUCUUAAUCGCAUUGAAGCAGAAAUUUAUUCUCUGAGGUCUGCUAUAGAGAGUGCUGAUACUAAGCACCAGGAAGAACAGAUUGAGUGUUCAGUGAAGAUUAGGAAAGCCUAUGAGUUGAUUGAACAGAUAAAAUCAGAAUCAAGCAAGAGAGAAUCUCAGCUAGAGGCUGAAUUGAAAAGAAAGAAUGCUGAUGUCGAAGAGUUGAAGGCUAACCUGAUGGAUAAGGAAACCGAGUUGCAGUGCAUUGUGGAGGAGAAUGAGAAGUUGAAUUUGCAGCUUGAAAAAAGCAUGUCAUCACAAAGAGAACAUGAACUUAGGAAGGAGCUUCGAAAACUAGAUGAAUCCGUGGCUGGAUUGAAGGCUGAUCUGAUGGACAAGGAAACAACAUUGCAAAGCAUAUCUGAAGAGAAUGAAAUGCUGAAGUUGGAGAUCAGUAAGAGGUUUGCACAUGGUGGUAAUGUGAUGGAGGAAGUUGCUGCACAACUAGAGACAGCUAAGGCCGCAGAACGCGAGGCUGUUAUAAAGCUUGGUAUUGUGAUGGAAGAUGCAGAUAGGUGCAACCGAAAGGCGGCGAGGGUGGCCGAGCAACUGGAAGCAUCUCAGGCAGCAAAUUCAAUAAUAGAAGCUGAACUAAGAAGAUUGAAGAUACAGUCUGAUCAAUGGAGAAAGGCUGCAGAGGCUGCUGCUGCUAUGCUCUCAGCAGGGAACAAUGGGAAACUCACUGAGAGAUCAAUGUCUUUGGACAACAACUAUAACUCUAUAAUGAACAAGUACUCACCUUUUUGUGAAGAACUUGAUGAUGAUUUCCAGACCAAGAAAAAUGGCAACAUGCUGAAGAAGAUUGGGGUCUUGUGGAGGAAACCUCAAAAAUAGUCACUGUUUGGUUUAUGACCUGCUUCUAAUGUUAUGAUUAUGUUACAUGUAAUGUUUAUGUUAUGCAAUUUUGUCUGACCGCUACCCUCCUUUUUGUUUGGUGAAACAUUGUCUAAACCUGCUUCUUAGUAGUUGAAUGAAUUAAGCCUUUUAUAUGAUCCAUCAUUUCACCAUCUAGAAAAAUAUCCUUGAAACUAUAUUUUCUUUGUAAUUUGGUAGCAUCCUUAAGCACGGAUUUGAUAAUCUGU